AUGUCAGAUGAUAAAAAACAAUUAGAACAAUCAAAAAAGAUUUUGGAAUUGUUCAAAAAUGCUUCAAAACAAGCACCAAAAGAAGAGAAAAAAAGAGAUUCACAUGAUUUUUGGGAUACACAACCAGUUCCAAAAAUCAGUGAUAAUGUAGUCGAAUCAGGUCCAAUAGAAAAUAAAACAUUAGAUGAUGUCAGAAAAGAACCUUUGGCUUUACCAGAUGCCUUUGAAUGGGUCGAAGUUGAUGUUAACAACUCUGAAGAGUUAAAAGAUCUUUAUACUUUACUUAAUGAAAAUUAUGUAGAAGAUGAUGAUAAUAUGUUUAGAUUCGAUUAUUCAACACAUUUCUUAAGAUGGGCAUUACAACCACCAGGAUUUUUAAAAGAAUGGCAUAUUGGUGUUAGAGUUAAAGCAUCAAAGAAAUUGGUUGGAUUUAUUUCAGGUAUUCCAGCAACUAUUAGCGUCGAUAGCAAACCAAUUGAAAUGGUCGAAAUUAACUUUUUAUGUGUUCACAAGAGAUUAAGAGAAAAACGUUUAGCACCAGUCCUUAUUAAAGAGGUUACAAGAAGAGUAAACUUAAGAAAUAUUUGGCAAGCAGCCUACACCGCUGGUAUUGUUAUUCCAAAACCAGUCUCAAUUUGUAGAUAUUAUCAUAGAUCACUCAACCCAAAGAAGUUGGUCGAAAUCAAUUUCUCACACAUCCCACCAAAGAUGACUAUGGCAUCAAUGAUCAAAAUGUAUCGUGUUGAUGAUAAAAUGAAAUACGAUUUCCGUCCAUUAGAAGAAUCAGAUGUUCCAUCAUUUAGAGAACUUUUAGUUAAUUAUCUCAGCAAUUAUAAAGUAGCCCCAAUCUUUUCCUCUGACGAGGAUGUUUGGCAUUGGUUCAAACCAAUUCAAGAUGUUGUCUCUUGUUAUGUCAAAGUUGACCCAGAAUCUAAAAAAGUUACCGAUGUUUUCUCUUUCUAUAAUCUUCCAUCAUCUGUCAUUGGUAACGAAAAAUAUAAAACAUUAAAAGCCGCUUUCUCCUUCUAUAAUGUUGCUACCACCAUUUCAAUUACCGAGUUGGUAAGUGAUGCCCUCAUUGCCGCCAAAAAGGAUAACUAUGAUGUAUACAAUUGUUUAGAUAUCUUUGAAAACAAGAAUUUCUUCAACGAUUUGAAAUUUGCCAUGGGUGAUGGUGACUUACAAUAUUACUUAUACAAUUACUCAACCCCAACUAAAAAACCAUCAGAAAUUGGUUUAGUAUUAUUAUAA